AUGGUUAUUCAAGAAACUGUUAAAGAAGUAAAAGCGAAUCAAAAACAAUGCAAACGAUUAGCAGAACGAAUCGAUGCUAUUACUUUUGCCUUGAAAUCAAUGGAUGAUCGAGCUCUAUGCAGACUAGAACUUCGAAAAUCUUUGGAUAACUAUCGCACUUGCAUUCAGAAAUGUCUUGAAUUCGUUACUCAGUUUAAAGAUGAAACGUCAUGGUUUUCGAAGGUUUUUAAAAAUCAAAAUUCUAAAGAGAAAUUUGAAGAAUUGAAUCUUCAACUUACACAAUAUGCUACUGAUUUCAAUUUGAGCAUUAAUUUGAAACAGAUUUUUGAUCCUAAACUGGAUGAGAAUGAUCAAAAAACGGAUCUGGAUGCCAUUCAAUGCAAACUUGAUGAAAUUGCAUCGCUCAUGGCACAACGACAAGAUGAACAACUUCGUCACGUUAAAGGCAUUGAAGAAAAUAUAUCUCAGCGACUUAAUUCAUUUAAGCAUUAUCUUCAGCAGAAUAUUAUGAAAAGAAGCGAUUCCCACAGAGCAAAGGAUAUUGCCGAGGAAGACAGUGCUUUUCUUCAUAUUCCGUAUUACGAUUUGGUACGAGAACAAUGUAUUGGACAAGGGGGAUUCGCUGAUGUAUAUCGUGGAAGAUGGCUCUCUCAAGAUCAUGAAGUGGCUAUUAAAGUUAUUCGAGUCCAACAUUUGAAUGAAACCGUUAGAGGAGACUUUGUUAGAGAAAUUGCAAUGAUGAAUCGAGUCCAUUACGAUCAUAUUCUCAACAUAUUUGGCGCCUGCAUGGAACCCCAAAAAUAUGCACUCAUAGUCGAAUAUAUGUCUCUUGGCUCUCUCUACGAUCUUCUGAAAAGAAACACAUUACAACUAACAUGGUCCGAUCGAUGGUCAAUAGGCUGUCAGAUGAUCAAAGGUAUCAAUUACUUGCAUAAGCUUCCAAAACCAAUUAUCCAUCGUGAUAUCAAGUCUCCCAACAUUCUUUUGAAACAGAAUGGAAAAGAUUUUCUUGUCAAAGUUGCUGAUUUUGGUUUAGCUAAGAUACGUUAUGAAACAUCAUGCCAAUCGUCUAUAAGUCACUCUGUUGGUACUUUAAUAUGGAAAGCGCCUGAAUUACUGAGAAUUGAAAGACAUACAGAAGCUAGUGAUGUGUAUGCCCUUGGUGUUGUGCUCUGGGAACUAGGUACAGGGUGUGAACCAUACGCGGAAGCCGAUGAUUCAACGAUCAGUACAUUCGUCCUGCGAGGAGAUCGAUUGAAUAUUCCUGGAACUAUUCCCCAUUCAUUUGCAGAAAUGAUAUCGAGAGCUUGGGCACAUGAACCUCAAAAUAGGCCAACAUGUCAACAGCUUCUCAGUUCGGUGAAAGAAAUCAGGUACGUAUUAUAA